AUGGAUAAGAACUUACCGGCGUUGUCUCCCACCACCGAAGUUUCCAAUGAAACCUCCGUGACUGCGUCCGAAGCAGAGCCCUCGACGACAGAGAUGUUCUCUCAAAUCCUCAUCACGUUGCAGGAGAUGAACAAGUCUCUGGCAGCAAUGGCGUUCAACCACCGCCAAGACAGAUCGGAAAAGGAGCCGUCUUUCGCAUCCGCGCAUCGUGGCUCAUCGCGCGACGCAUCUGUGAGCGAUCAUCGGUCUGGUAAAGCACCGAUGUUUACGUCUCCUGACCGCAAUGCUCCACCGCAGGGACCCGGAGUACUCCGACUGGCAACCGCCGGGUAG